AUGGUGGAGGUCCUAGGUGCCUAUCCGGCGCGUCCGCCGACUCCUCCCAAGGCUUCGCAUAAUCUCUUUAAACGAGAUGCAGGAAUUGUUCCCGGUCGACCGAAUAUGCUUAAUACACCCGGGGAAUCACCGUCAUCAACUGCUGAGUCGACGAUACUAAGGUCGAAUAAGAAAGUCAACUUCUCUCCUAUCACGAACUACAUAAAACCUCCGACCUUCUCCAGCCGUGCAUCCAUGUCGAGUAACGAAGUACGCCCCAUUCCUCCCUCGAACGAAUGCAAGCCGGCCAAAUCGAUCCUAAAAACUCCCGCCGCCGACAUUGUGCCUUUAGAAAAGAAUGAGCCGCAGUCCUUCGCAGUGCUGCUAGAGUCAGCAACACAGCAGUUGGCCGGUGAAUCUCUCAGUUCAAGAAUAGACGCUUAUAUGCAGCUGUUGGGUGCUCUCAAGGCUUAUGACAACAUCACCGAGCAAGACGACAUGUCCUCGAAAGUCGGGGUCCUGUUGCAGUUUGUACAGCGUGACAUCAGCCGGGAUUUGGGUAAAAGAGAUGUCGUUGAAACCAACCUGGUGACCAAUGCACUGAAAAUGGGGAUCUAUAUCAUUUGGAGUCAGCCAUUAGCAUCGCAAAUCCCAGAUGAUUUCAAAAUAUUCAUAAUCGAUCAUGCAUUGAGUGUCUUGCAAGAUGGCAAACUAUCAAAAGCUAUCUUGAACCAUUAUGUCCACGUCCUAUAUACUCAAAAUUUUUCAGCCAAGAUAAUGACCAACUCACGGAUUACACGGGUACUAGUUGUGUUGAACGAUAUCACUGAUCGCGUGAACGGAAAUGGAAUCAUUUCGCAACGACUGGGGGUUUAUACCAGGUUACUUGGUCAGUCAAAGGCAACUAUGGCCUCACAAGCAUCACUAUGGGUGGAGCACCUCAUUUCAGGUCUUCUUCAUCCCGUGAAGGACACCAGGUCGAAAGCUUUAGUUCUUGGAACUCAAACGGCUCUGUUAUUGGGACCCAACCUGGUCAUUUCGAAAACCAUACUGGAUAUCUUUAACAAGGAGAUCUCCCAAGGCAGGAAGCUGGUCUCGGAAGUAUGUGACCGAAUGAGCCGCAUGAUGUCUCCCUCGGAUAGUGGAGUGCAUGUGCCACAAAUUUGGAGCAUUAUAGUCUUGCUUUUGAGAAGCAAGAGAUUCAACAUCGAGCAUUGGGAGUACUUCAAAGAAUGGGUUCUUGUUUUACAAAGAUGCUUCAAUUGCAGCGACCCUGCCAUUAAGUCACAAGCUAUUGUCGGAUGGAACAAAUUUGUCUACAUGGUUACUUGUAAUGAGUCGACGAGCAGGAGCAUGCUGAAAAUGCUUACGAAACCCAUUCUUUCCAAUUUUGAACGCAAGCGCAGCGAUAAGGCCGGUGCAAGCGUCAACCCAUUAUUUCUUUCGAGUUACUACAACCUUCUCUACUAUUCGUUCCGGCCGAAUAAUACAUUUGACCACAUUGAUUUCAUCUGGGAAGAGUACUUCUCUCAGCCGUUCGUCAAUGUUUUCGCCAGCAACCCCCAACUGAAUGAUGCUGCUUGCAAAGCUUUGGCAUCUCUAUUAUGGACCUCGCAGUCGAAGAUUUGGACCGAGGACAAGAUCCACGAGGUACCUAAAAUGGAAGCAAACUUCAUACUCCCGAUCGACUGCAGAUGGGUUAGAUCACGUAUAGUACCGGUAGUUGCGGCUUUUGAAGUUUUGGUGGCCUCAGCGAAUUGGACGAAUAUUCAAAUGAUCUGGAUCCAUAUUUGCAAGGCACUCUCGGAUGCCUCCAGCAAAGAGAUCAAACCAUCAUCCGAACUCAUGCAGGCAAUCGCUACUAUACUCGGCCUGUUUCAACGACUUCGCCAGGCAUCACCUUCUUCGUUGAAUGCCGAGACGGACGAUGUAUUUAUAGAACGCUUCACAUAUCUUGCCACAACACUUGUCUCAACAGUCGGUCCUUCUCCUUUUACAGAAACCCUGCUCUUGAAAACUUCUCAGGAAACAUUCCAGGCUGCAAACACACCCACUCAUCGGCGUCCGCGAACAGACCGAAAUUCCGACACGCCAUUCAUGCACAUAUUACGUAUGAUAAGCUCUUAUGGAAAUACAUCUGAGCCGACCAAAUCACUUUUGAGUCUAAUUGAUGGUCUCCUUGACGCCGCAUCAAAAGGCCGGCAGGCCAGAGGAUCACGGCUCGACUUUUUAGAGAGGUGUACGGAGCUGAGCAUAGACGAGAACGGCGAAUAUGAGACAACAUCCAAGUUAGUCUCUUAUAUCUGGGAUGCAACUGCGAGAUACACCGUUAUUUGCCUGGGUUCCCUGCCGAUGGAAACUCUAAGAGAACGGGACGGUACAAUCUCUCGCGAUUACAUCAACAUAUCGAACAUUCUUUUGCGAGGACUACAGCUCAGAACCUCACCCCCGACAUGGAGUGCUCUGCUCGAGUCCUACAUACGCAUUAUUCGAACUGAGAAAGGCGAGCGUGGAAUUUCUACCCUAGUCAUUGAGCCCAUUACUCAGAGGCUCUUACAAAUCGACUAUGUCCGGGCUUAUCUUCCAACGAAAGCCUUAAUCAACCAAGCAUUAUCUCUUGCAUACUACGAGCAAAAUAAAUAUCCAGCAACACCAAGCAGCUCCAGCCAACCAUCUUCCUUUUCCUUUCCCGAUAAGCUUUUGGAUCUCAUUCGGAAAGUACUUGCAGAUUCCUAUAAUCACUUCAACGCUUCAGACAGUGUGGUAUUAGCGGAGGUUGUUGAGUCUUUGACGUCCCUCCUAGGGAGUGGUACACUGCAAUUUCGCCACAUGCUUCUGGAGUCUCUACAGACCCCCUUAGCAUUGUGGUUACGGGACUCAGCUCGCUUCCUCACUUCUGAGAAGGGCGCAGACAACAGAUUGCUGACUGCAUAUCGAACGCUCUCACUAGCAAUUGCCAACGCCAUGCAGAUUGCUGUUCCGCACAACACGGCGUCACUACAUGCGUUUGAAGCAGUAGUUUCCGCUGGCUUGGAAUCUGUUCAUAAGUCAACAGCAAAUCGUUUCAUCGAAAUGUGGAAUGUGACUUUUGGGCUGCAGGAGCUCGCGAAUUAUCCUUCUGGCGUUCAAUCAGCUCUUCAGAAGCUUGAGCCGUUGGUCAAGUUGCAACUACCAUUGCCUCUACCCCGCCAAGCUAAAUCGCAGAAUAUUCACGGUAUCUGUCAGGUUCUCGAGAUGCCGGACUUUGUCGAGUCUCAAGAUACAACAAGCUUUGAACCGGUUACGAAUACUUUCGGCAGAGUUUUAAGGCAGAUGGACAGCCAUAAGACGCGACCGACCACGUUCAGUUCCUCGCCAAUUAUUCAGUCAACGGAGUGGGCCCAGCCCCAUGUGUUGCCACAGCAAAAUAUUGAUAGCACACCCCGAAAGCGGCUUCGCCAUGACAAUUCACAGAUCCAGUUUGUCACGGUUGAUCCGUCGCCUCGCGCCUCGAACAUGGAAAGUCAGCUUCUUACUGAACGCCAACAAGAAGUGAGGGAAAGACAGCGCGGGAGCACAUCAAUGUUUCUGGACGGUUUGGGGUCAUCAUCACCCGCUCCUGCUCUGACGGAGGUUCCAGCUACCUUGUCCCCAGUGAGGUUGCCCAAGAUACGAGACACUGUACGCGAACCAGAAGCGCCGUCAACUCCUACCCUGGCAGCCCAUUUGCAGGAUAAUGAUGAUGACUUUCCUGGUUCCUCUCCGACGCCUGGAACGAGAGAGCAGGGUCACCUUGCAUCCCAGGGCAACCAUGCUUUGACCAUUGAGACGUUUGGGAACAUACAAUCAGAUCCACCUUCUUCUCCCCCCGAAAUAUCUCGCUCGCCUAGUAGCAAAAGGCUUUCUUCACAAAAGCCUACUCCGGAGAAGUCCAAGGUUGAAGCCAGCGAAAAGCAAAACAGUCGUAGACGUCGCAGCUCUAGAAUCACUGAACACAAAGCACCGGGCGAAUCGACAGUCGCACCUAUCCCAAGCGCGAAAGAGACCAACACGCCGCAGCAAAGUGAUAUAGAAGCACAAGAAGAGCCUACACUAACCAGUGAGGUGACGGAUGUGAUACCCGACACGUAUGCGGACGAAUUUGAGCAGCAGUUGGCUUCACAGCUAGAACAGGACUUGGAGCUGGCUGUGGACUUGAAAGACCAAGAUGAUAUCGAGUCCAUUCAGUCAUCGGAUGUCAACCUGCCACGGGGCCCAAUAACCAGGAAACGAAAGCGUAACGCUGAGACUGAGGAGGCCUCGACUCCGGAACGCGUGAAGCGACGUCAGUCCAAGAAGAGCAAGGCAGCUCGCUCUGAACGUGCACGCACCGAGUCGUCUCAAUCGGACAGUGACACAAUGAAACCAUCUACCCCUGAGACAUUGAACGCCAGGCGUGGCCUUUCAACUCCACAGUCCUCUCCGCUUAAAAACCAGAUCAGUGUAGACGACCUCUCUGACAAGUCUACGAAUUCGGAAUCGAAGAGGCGAAGUGGGCGGCUCAAUGUCCCUGCUGACCGGGAAAUUUUAUCAUCUCCUAUCAAGUCUAGGAGAUCGAGAUCACGUAAACGGCGAUCUUUGCGACUCAGUGGAGUUCCAGCUUUGUCGCCACCAAAAUCAGACAAAACAUCAAAGGCUCAGAAGAGGAAACGGACCAAAUCUCGUAAUCAGAACGAUGAUGAGGCUGCUGAGGCUGAUAUUCAAGACAAUUCAAUGCAGGAUGUUAAGAUGCCGGAUGGUGAGACUGGAACUUCUAAUCAAAAUGGCGAAUCAACGGAAGCUCAGGCAGCUCCAGCUCCAGAAACAACUGAUGUGCAAACGGAUACAGUGGUCGAAAGUGCAGUGGAUGCAGCAAUCUCAACCUCGGCUGGAAAUGAGACUGAAGAGCAGGCUGUUGAAAACGAUAUUGUCAUGGAAGAGGCCUCUCCUGAGAUGAGUAUUGCUGCUCCAACCUCUACUAUCAUGGACGAGGCACCACGCUACAUCUCUCAAGGUGUACAAACAGACGAUGUCAUGGACAUUAGCGAAUCCAACACCGACUCCGCUCAAACCGGCGGCAGUAUUCUCGGCUCUCUUCGUAGAGUUCUCACUGGCAUUAAGAACGUUACUUUCGGCAGGAAUGUUCUUAAAGAGAUUGACGAUGUCAUGUUUGAUAUCCGGGUGGAAGCGCAUGAGGCUGCGCGGAGAGAUCAGGCUUAA